AUGGAGACCACCACGAACUAUCUCUCGCUUCCCGCUAUUGCGGAAUUCCUUAACGCCUACCAGGAUAACCCAACCGCGGAGAAUGUCAAGAUCAUGGUGAGCGGUCUUCUCACUUACGCCUUCGAUUCGAAUGAUGGCUGGGUCCUUAAGUGGCAAGAAGACGAGGAGAACAACCACUCUAACUGCUUCAUUGUGAGAGCGGUUGGCGAAGAAAGGUCCCUGCACGCCAUCGUGAAGGUUAUUCUCGACGCCACUGGCUCAAUCAAAGAAAACUGGGAUCAAUCCAUUCCCCGUUUGCUCAGUGCCCCGCUUCCAAAUGAACGAUGCUGGGCUAUUCUCUUCCGUGGUCUCAAAGUCCGACUUUACGAAUACCACCGCGAGCAAGAGCCUGACGAACGUCUGGUUCCCUGCGACUUCAAGAUCAAAGAAAAGAGAAAGCAUGCGGUCCACAUUCGCAAAAACGCAGACGCUAUCAACAACCUUCUCAUCAGCAUCCCUAACCAGAUCCCUGAGCCACUUGAGGAGGGCGAACACGGUAGCCCAUGUCCGAUUGACUCUGCCACCGAGACGACCAAUGGAUCAAAGGUUUCUCUUGAUGUCACUCUCAACGCUGCUCCUGCCUCUGGUGCGUACCUCGAGUCACCCCCCGAGGAUCCUCCCACUGAGGUCAGCGAGGAAAAGACGCCUACUGAAGCCGAGCCUGUCACUGAGCAUGAGACCGCUGCCCAGGCUGAGACAGCAACUCAGGUUGAUACUACUACAACCUCCCAGACCAAGCAUAUUACAGAGGCCACUGGAGCAAAGGCCAAGAUUACCCCCCAAUCGAAGGCUGCUUUUCUGGCUAAGGUAGCUGCGGGAAUAAAGAGUACUGCUCAGGCCAAGACUGCUCGUCAGGUUAAGCCUGCUGCUGGGGUCAAGAACGCUACCCAGGCCAAGUCUAAUCCUCAAGCCAAGGCUGCCCUUCUAGCCAAGGGCGUUUCUGGCACCAAGCUCACUCCUAGGAUCAAGCCUGCGAUGGAGACCGAGGUUGCUGGACAGACGGCUACAGAGUAG